AGCUAAAUUUUGCAAAUCCUCAUGACUGGGAUUAGGUACUGGCAGCCAGGUCCAGUCUGACUUGGGAGGACCUCAUGCGGCCAGGAAGCAAUGUUGCAGUAUUAUCACAAUAAAAGCAUGGUGAUUAUACAAAGCAGAGCGUGACUGGUGGUGCUGGUAGUAGACGUCCUCCUCCGGUAAGCAGCUGGAGCUCGAACUUCACGCGUUUAUUUCUAGGCAUUGUUUUUAUUUUAGCACUUGAGUCACUCCGCUUGAGGCGGAAAGGACAAUCCCCUGUUCCCUCAAGCCUGCAACUAGUGAAUCAAUUAUGCGUCAGCUCGCUCCUGAUUGGUCCAGCGGUGAUAUUGUGUUGACAAACGCCGCGGGGUGGGGAGAGAUAGCAAGCACGAAGUCCGUUAAUGAACUGUUGUGAAGACUGGAGGAGGGUUUUUGUUCAUUUCUUUUGCUGAAGUCCUGAGGUGGAUUUUUGUGUUUGCUCUUGAGGAAGAAUGCACUGCAGUAGUGUGUGCUGUAAUCGCUGGUCAUCUGAGGAGAGGCUUGAUGGAAAAACAGUCAUCAUCACUGGAGCCAACACUGGUAUUGGCAAAGAAACAGCCAGGGACCUGGCAAAAAGAGGUGCACGCAUCGUCAUGGCAUGCCGAGACCUGGAAAGGGCAGAGGAGGCACGGGCGGACAUUUUGGAGGACACAGGAAAUGAGAAUAUUGUCAUCAAGAAACUGGAUCUGUCCGACACCAAGUCCAUCAGAGCAUUUGCUGAAGUCAUCAUCAAAGAGGAGAAACAAGUGAAUAUCCUGAUAAACAAUGCAGGCAUCAUGAUGUGUCCCUACUCCAAGACUGCGGAUGGAUUUGAACUGCAGUUAGGUGUCAAUCAUUUGGGUCACUUCCUGUUGACUUACCUGCUGCUGGACCUAAUCAAACGUUCGGCCCCCGCCCGCAUUGUUGUCGUGGCGUCGGUUGCCCACACCUGGACCGGGCUACGACUUGAUGACAUCAACAGUGAGAGGAGUUAUGACACCAUGAAGGCCUAUGGACAGAGCAAGCUGGCUAAUGUCAUGUUUGCACGCUCACUAGCCAAACAGUUACAAGGUACAGGGGUAAGCGUGUUCUCUCUGCACCCGGGGGUGGUGCAGUCUGACCUGUGGAGGCAUCAGCACCAGUGUAUCCAGGUGGCAGUGAAGAUUUUCAGGAUUUUCACCAAGACAACAGUGGAGGGAGCACAGACCACCAUCUACUGUGCUGUGGAGCCAGGCCUGGAGAGCCAGAGUGGAGGGUACUUCAGUGACUGUGCCCCUACAAGAUGCUCAAGGACUGCCUCUGAUGAUGACCUGGCCCAGAAACUGUGGGAAAUCAGCUGCAACAUGCUUGGUAUUACCUGGCAGUGAAUAGCAGAAAAUUAACUGUGCAGUGAAGGACAUUGUAUAUCAUGUAUAAAUAUCAUCUCAUAAACAGCACUGUUAAGCACUUUUGUAGAGGCAUACAUGUUUCUGCUACUGUGGUGAAAAAGAUAUAUUUUAUGUCUUAUUUGAUGACUUAAAGUACAAUAUAGUCCAAAAAUCAUUAAAUCACUACCAAGAGCUCCUAUAUUUUAUAAAUGUUCUAAAAAAUCUUUUGUUUUAGUAAAAUGGCAUUUAUCAAACAAGAUCGCAUGAUGUGUUACCCUUAAAUCAAACUGCUUGUUAGCAUUCACUUUUUGUAGAAUUUGAAAAAUGCUGAAGACAUUUUCUGAAGUCUUUAUACUGUGCUUUUACUAACUAAUGUGGUUAUUCUUUGUGUAGUCGGUUUUGUAUCUGUAGUGCAUAAUGCUGUUCUAUCUUUUAAAGAUGUUAGCUUAUAAAGCAUGGUCUUGCUUUGGAUGUAAAUGACCCAUUGUGACAGGUUUUCUUGCAUGACCCUUACAUACCCUCAGUUUGUCCAGUGUGGCAGAGGGGUAGUUUUUGGCACUGAUGAGAACAAUUCAGCUCCAAACAGCUUCCAAGUCUUUUCUGUACAUCCCUGGUUAAUGGUUGAAGCACUUAGAUGACAAUAUGAAGUGGGUCAUGUUCUGCUUUUGUCCCACUUAAAGUAUCAAAAUGUACUUUUAUUGAUUAGUAAAACCUGAGUCUUUUGUCUAAAAAAUCUUUUUUCAUUGAACUAUUUCAUUGAAUUGCCUUGUAUUAUACAAUCUGCAGUCUCAGAUGCCUCUCCUUUCCUUGUUAGCUGGGGAAGGAAAAACAAAUGUCUCUGUGGCUGUACUGAGGUAAUCAAUUGUAACCACAAUAUGGUUACACAUGGUUGUAAUCAUGUGGUUAAAAUGUGUCAGCAUGUUGAAGCCUCAGCAAAACCUCUGACAUUGGGAAUAUGUUAAUGUGACAGCACAUACAUAAUGUAAAAAUUGUCAGACUGGGAAACAUGCUGCAAGGUUCUGCUUGUUUGUGACUUUUCUGUAAAAGUUACUGCAUAUGUGAGUUCUGAUAAUUUGGAGGUAAUGUUGACAUUUUCCAAGCUGCUGGGUUGACCUUUUCAGAUGCAGUAACAUGUGAUAGUGGUUUUAAUUUCGCCUUUGAGAGUUAAAAGUGAUUAGGAAAGCUUUGAGUAUUAAUUGUGGGUCUUAAAGUUUUAGCCAGUGCCACCCAAACAGAUGACUGAAUUUCAAUGUGACUUGCUCCACAGAUACUUCAUGAAAGUGACAGACAAAUAGCAUAGUGCUGUUUAGUAUUAUUCACUGCUCUGCUAAAUGACUGAUGUCCCAAUGAAAGAUGUAAAACAUUGUAGAGAAUGCUUUAGAUUGCAGCUGGAGAUGAGUGUUACUCUUAAGUAUGGCACUAAUCACACAACAGAAUAUUUAUGAUGAAGAACAAUGCCAAAAUUACAUUUAGAGACUAUAUAUCUUAAUCUAAAUCACAGGAGAGGGUAUUUAAGACUAAAGGAAUGUAGCAAGAGCAAGAGGAGUAGCUGCAAGAGUCUAGGACCAAUGCUCCCUCUAAACAAUGUGUGUGUUACAAGUUAAAUGCAUAAUCACACUCACUAGAUAACAAUAUCCCAUCAGUCCUAUUUAAAAAAAAAAACUAUUUUAAAAAGCAGUUUAGAAAGUUCUCACUUUAAUGUUAUAAUCUGACAGUAAAAUGUCCCUACUUGCUUCAUUAAAAUAGUCCAAUUAAUAAUAGUCAUUGUCAUUAAACACAUUGAACAGACACCGUAAUGCAGUUUAACUGUGUAACCAGAAGUGAAAAAAGCAGUAAAGUGUAGAGAUUGGAAAUUAAAUUAAAUUUAAAUCAAAAUGAAAUUAUCUAGUUCGUUAUUAAAAUGGAGUUAACUUACUCUACCGAUGCUGUACUAGCAACCUGUGUCACUGAUGCAAACCUCCUGCCCUUUAGGUGGCAGUGUGAACAAUAAGUCAAGCU